AUGCUGAACGAACGAAGCGACAAGGAACAAGGAUCAUUGUUUGAGCCUAUUACGGCAUUAAUCACCGCUGAUUUGAUCAGCGAAGCUAACGGCUACCGCAACGACCACCAGCGACUACCGUACCCUGUUCAUCGCUACCAGUUCAUUGCUAAUCGUUCAGCGGAACCGGUUCGAUGCCGCUACUAUAAAAUGAUGUCAAAGCGACGUAGAUCAGACACAACGAUGUCCGACGAGAAGUCAAAGCUUGCCGAGGCUGAAGGCCUUAAACGGCUUGCUUUCUUUGGCAUUGCCAUCUCUACCGUCGCCACUCUAACGGCCAUCAUUGCUGUCCCUAUGCUUUAUAAUUACAUGCAACACGUGCAGUCUUCACUUCAAAAUGAGGUGGAUUUUUGCCGCCACCGAACGGAUGGUCUUUGGGAUGAAUUCCAUAAGUUCGAGUCAAUGAAAGGAGUAGACAGCCGUAUCAAGAGACACGUCUGGCAACAACAUUUCCGUGUCCCUGCACGUGCUCGUGGAGCUGGCACCUACGCCCAAGGUGGAGGUGGUGGUGCAGGAGCCGGAGGUGGCGGAGGCGGUUAUGCCGGUGGUGCCGUUGGCGGAGGCGGAGGUGGUGGCGGUGGAUGCUGCUCAUGCGGUAUCGGUGCUGCUGGACCUCCAGGACCUCCUGGUGCUGAUGGAAAUCCUGGAAAAGAUGGCAACGCUGGAAAUCCAGGACAACCUGGAGCUGAUGCAUCGGCUGGAGCUGGACCAACAGCAGCUGAUUUCUGUUUCGAUUGCCCACCUGGACCUGCUGGACCAGCAGGAAACGCUGGACCACCCGGACCUCCCGGAGCUCCUGGAGCCCCAGGAAAUAGCCCACAGUCGGCUGGAACUGGACCACCUGGACCAGCCGGUCCCCCUGGACCACCUGGAAACGACGGAGCUCCUGGAGCUCCAGGAAACCCCGGAGGUCCUGGACAGGUUGUCGACGUACCUGGAACCCCCGGACCUGCAGGACCACCAGGACCACCUGGACCACCUGGACCAGCCGGAAAUCCUGGAGCCCCUGGAAGUUCACAACCUGGUCCCCCUGGUCCUGCCGGAGAUCCAGGACCAGAUGGAGCUCCCGGAAACCCUGGAGCUCCAGGAGGUCCCGGAGAUGCUGGAGCGCCAGGAUCAGGUGGUGGUUGCGACCAUUGCCCACCGCCUCGAACUGCUCCUGUGCAUUGUUUACUAAUAGAAAUCGGAUGCUACGGCGAAUUUCUUCCUCUCAACAUUUCGAUAAUUCGACCAAAUCAGUUGGGAAGCUUUGGCGCAAGGAUCGAGCAAAGUUUGAAUGAGGCCGUUCGAAACCUCUCUGGAAUCAUUUCUGUUCGUAACUAUGGAGAUCGAAACGUUAGCGCUGCCGCUAUUCGGAAAUGUUCUACAAGCUUUAGUACUGCUACAUCAAUAACGAUAAUAAAGGAUGAAUCAAAGAAAUUUUUGAAGGAAAAAGUACGAUUUAAUGAUGAUUUCUUUUUUGAAACAAGCACGUUUGUACUGCUUUUAGAGAAUAAUAGAAAACUUUGCAAGACACAUCAAAAAAUGCUUGCUUCAGCGGCACCAUGUAAAAUUGAAGGUUUCGAGAGGUAA